AUCCUAGAGAGGAGAGAACUUGAAAAACUUUGGAUUCCCCUCAUGUACUAGAAGAGCAGCAUUUUGCUUUUCCUUUAAUCUUGAAAUUAUUCUUAUUAUGAGUUCUGAUUAUUUUCAGUAGAAAUCUUCCUUUUGGGCCCCCCAGUUUAGAAAGGUAGUGUAGAGUUUCCUGAGGCUUGGUCUGUUUGUCUCCCCCCUCUUCCCCCAUUAGAUGUCAAUGCCUAUUUUUCCUUCUGCUGCUAAAUAUAGCCAACUGUUCUGCAGCUCUUACAGCCAACUCACAGUUGAUAAAGUUAGCUUUUCAUUCAAAUCUAUCAUAAUAUCAUUGCCUAAAGUGUUUCCUGCCCAGUUUUGAAAGCCUUCUGUCCAUACAACAAAAAGCAAGGUUCAAGGCCUUCAGGCUUGUAAGUCUGCAGAGGGGAAAAAAAAAAAGAUCAUAUUGUACUUCAAGCCUGUCUCAAACAUUGCCCUUAGAGCAUUAGAAGUCAGAGCCUUGCAAGCCUGUUUGAAUUGCUAUUAAAAACUUCAGUUGUAUUGAUAAGAGAGCAUGUCAUCUGGCUUUAUGAAUGCUGUGAAUUUUUGAGUCGAAAACUUGUUCAGUGUUUGCAAGCUAGGCUGUUAUAUUCCAGGUUUGUCCCAGAUUAUUUGGUAUGUAUUUAUCUAAGCCUGAAAUACUGAAUAUGAGAUAUGGAACAGCAAACAGCCAAUACCUCAUAAAAGAUACUGGAAAGGUUAAAGAAAUUAAGGAGCAGGGGUAAUAAUCUACUAAAGCUGAAGGGUUUUUAUGUACCACGAGACCUGUAAGCCGGAAGGUUCAAAUGAGCUUCAAGCUUGGAGUCAUUAAAUUAAGUCCAUGUUCUGGUAUAUUUUGACUACAACCAAAAGGAUCUUGGUCCUCUCCAUCUGUGAUGACCUUUGCUACCUCAUUUUUAGAGGAAAGUUAUGAUAUUUUGUGGUACAUUGAUAGUUGAUUGUGUCAUGUCAGAAGGAGAGUCUGAAAUGUCGUCUUUUCUCUUCUUCCAAGUACUUUUAGGGGCCCCAUGGCUGUUUUUCUGCAUUUUCUAGAAGUGUCCUUGAGAAUCAGGAGGGGAGAGCUUGGGUUCCCUAUUAUUUAGGGAAGUAUAUUAACUCCUGUGGCUCUUGUACUCCUUCAGGUGCCUGUAAGGAGGAGAAAAUUGUGACAGGAAAGCUUUGUAGGCAGUAUUAGAACAGAGAGUACUUCUUUCCCCUCUUCUGUUCAGCCUGCAGGAUACUAUGCCUAAAAUCUUUAACCCUUUUUUUUUUUGGGUGUGUGAAGGCAAGUAAGUGAAUUUCUGAAAUUGCAAGAUUCCCAGUUGCUAUUCUUCCCAUCUAAGAUGAUGAGGGGAGCUUCUGUCUUGUGGUAGGGGAACUAAGAUUGUACGUGACCCUACCUACUAGGCUGUUCAUCUUGCCCCUGCCCUGCAGACAGCUUAUUUUGUACAGUAAGGUGGGUUGAUAUGCAGGGUUACUGAGUCAGGCUUUUGCAGGCAGGUCAGUACACGGCUGAAGAGUGCUGCCGCUCUGCGGUCACCAUCAACUUGGGAAGCCUCCAGAGAUGGUGAAAGGUCAGGAGACAGUUAUGACCCCUCUGAGCUGAGGAUUCUUUACAUUCUCCCAAACAGAACAUCUUGACAGGAGAUUUCAACUAGUCUAAGACAAAAGUUCUGCAAGUAUGACCUCUUCUCAAGUCACUUUUCAAGUAAGAGGACCGUCAGUACCAGACUUGAAGUUCCAGCUAUGAUAUUUGGCUUAGUAAAAGGAGAGGUUUUCGCAAUAUGCGGGAGCUGCAGUGCUUUGGGAAAUUGGAACCCACAAGUUGCAGUGGUCCUCCAAACUGACGAUCGUCAAUUAUGGAAAGCUACUGUAGAGCUUCCUAGAGGAGUUCCUGUUCGGUAUCGGUAUUUUAAAGGGUACUUCCUAGAACCUAAGACUAUCGAUGGUCCCUGCGAAGUCAUAGUUCACACGUGGGAGACUCAUCUACAACCACGAUCAAUUACCCCUUUAGAAAAUGAAAUUACUAUUGACGAUGGAUACUUUGGAAUCCGUAAUGGUAUUGAAACUGUGGAUGCUGGGUGGCUGACAUGUCAAACAGAAAUAAGAUUACGUCUGCAUUAUUCUGAGAAACCACCUGUAGUGAUAUCUAAGAAGAAAUUUAAAACAUCAAGGUUUAGAGUAAAAUUGACUCUAGAGGGCCUAGAGGAAGAUGAAGAUGACGAAGAGGGCCAAGAGAAAACAUCCCCUACUGUCCCUCAGAAAAUGGCAAACACUGUGGAGUUCUCCUUAAUAAGUAACAACGAAUAUAAAUGUCGACACUCUCAGCCAGACUGUGGCUAUGCUUUGCAGCCAGACCGAUGGAUAGAAUACACUAUACAAACCAUGGAGCCCGAUAACUUGGAAUUAAUCUUUGAUUUUUUUGAGGAAGAUUUGGGCGAGAAGGUAGUACAAGGCGAUGUGCUCCCAGGUCAUGUAGGUUCUGCCUGCCUCCUGUCAUCCACAAUUGCAGAACUCGGAAAGAGAGCUGGAAUUCUUACACUUGCUAUUAUGAGCAGAAAUCCAAGGAAGACAAUUGGAAAAGUUAGAGUGGACUACAUAAUUAUUAAGCCGAUCCAGGGAUACACUUGCGAUAUGAAGGCUUCAUAUGCAAAAUAUUGGAAACCAAGAACAACUUUAGAUGUUGGACACAGGGGAGCAGGAAAUUCUACAACAACAGCUAAACUUGCGAAAGUUCAAGAGAACACCAUUGCCUCUCUGAGGAAUGCUGCUAGUCACGGAGCAGCAUAUGUGGAAUUUGAUGUACAUCUUUCUAAAGAUCAUGUCCCUAUUGUAUACCACGAUCUCACAUGUUGCAUGGCCAUGAAAAAGAAACUGGACACAGAGCCUUUGGAACUGUUUGAGAUUGCAGUCAAAGAACUCACUUUUGAUCAGCUACAGUUAUUGAAGCUGGCUCAUGUGACUGCCCUGAAAGUAAAAGAUCACAAUGCAUCUUUUAAAGAUGAAGAAAAUUCUGCUUUUGAGACCCAGCCAUUUCCUUCUCUGCAAAGAGUCCUGGAGUCUGUUUCUGAAGAUGUUGGGUUCAACAUAGAAAUAAAAUGGAUCUGCCAACAAAGGGAUGGACAGUGGGAUGGCAACUUGUCAACUUACUUUGAUAUGAACCUCUUUCUAGAUAUUAUUCUAAAAACUGUUUUAAUGAAUGCUGGAAGAAGGAGAAUUGUAUUUUCUUCUUUUAAUGCAGAUAUUUGUACAAUGGUUCGGCAUAAGCAAAACAAGUAUCCUGUGUUAUUUCUCACCCAAGGAGAAUCUAAACUCUAUCCAGAACUUAUGGAUCUUAGAUCUCGUACAACUCCAAUUGCCAUUACUUUUGCACAGUUUGAAAACUUGCUGGGAAUUAAUGUGCACUCUGAAGAUCUGUUGAGGAAUCCAUUGUUUAUUAAAAGGGCCAAAUCUAAAGGGCUGGUGAUUUUCUCAUGGGGUGAUGAUGCAAAUGACCCAGAUAACAGGAAGAAACUGAGAGAAUAUGGUGUUCAUGGGCUAAUAUAUGACAGGAUAUAUGACUCAAAUCCUGAACAGCCAAAUAUAUUCCAGGUGGAGCAGCUGGAACGUCUCAAGAAAGAAUUACCAGAAUUGAAAAGCUGUGUGUGUCCCACUGUUAGCCACUUUAAAUCCAUAUCUCCAUGUAAAUGUCAUCAUAGUUGCCUGGAAGAGAAGGCUGUAGAUAACUUGAAGAGUGUUCAAAUGCAAAAUGACUGAUUCUAGGCAAAAUGCUGUUUUGUGUCUAUUUAACUCACCAUUGGAACAGUGCUAUCUCUGCCUUCAGGUUGGUUUGUUUUAUUUUUAAGUCCCUAAAUAGCAAUAACUGUGUUCCUCCUUCCUGACAGUACUUGUUAAAAUUUCAAACAAUGUUAAAAUAUUCAGCCAGCUAUAGUUACUGUUCCAGUUUACAUACACAAUUUUAACUUCUUCCUGUAAUCAAGUCUCAAAAAUUGAAAAAGAAAAUUGAGUAUUAACAUUAGGUAUGGUUUUAAAGAUAAAAAAAACUUAAGUGGUCUGAGGAGUGGAUGCUCAGAAAAAAAUUGUAGGGAAAAAAUGAUCUGAUAAUUGAAUAUGCUGAAAAGUUGUUCCGACUUUGAUUUUUACUUCAGUGCUACAGCUUGUCAGCCUGUCUCUGACAACAGGAAAUGGUAGUAAGUGAUUGUAAGAUACACAUGAUUAGAUCUGGCCUGAAUAAAUUGGUACCUCAUAUAUAUGUAUUUGCACUGAUAGAUCCACCUGUACAAAGCUUUGUGCCAUUUUAAAAUACCUAUAUAUUUUUAAGUAAACUGCAAUGCAUAUUAACUCAUUUUUUUCCCCACUUCAUUGGACACAGGCUGCUGACAUUUUCUGAUUUGCCAAUUCAUUGGUACGGUGUCUGUAUAUAGCAGUCAAGGAUGAACCACAAGUAUAAUUUUUUUUAUUAAUCUUGCACAGGCCUGCUAAACUUUAGAAAUGUUGCAAAUAAUUUUAACAGAAUUACAGAAACAUCUUCAGUGGUUGAGAAUCUUUUUUGCACAAUAACAUUAAUAAACAGAAUACGUAACAUGCACAAACUCUACAAAAUGCAUGCUUUAGAUAUUAAGCAUGAAAUUUAGGUGUUCGCUGAGGUCCUUGCAUCUUUACGGUGCUAGUUAUGUGUGAAGGGUGCAAGGACUACUCAACUACUUAAUCAUCUUUGCCUAAAACCACAAGCCUAUUACUCACAAACAUUUGAAGAAAAGUCUGUACUGUACAUGGUUUGUCUUAUUUACAUAAUACAAGCUACGAGCUUUUGUAUUUUGGAAGGGUUUUUUUUCCUCAGAGUAAGAAUCAUAAAUGUACUGAAUUCAGAUAAUCGGCAUUCUGUUGGCUGGUAUCUAUCCUCUGUAACUUAUUACAAAGUCAUAGUUUAGAGUUCUUCAUAGAUAGGUAUGCAUGUCCUUUUUCCUCCUGAAGUUGCAGGUCAUGCCAACACAACAGCUGUAUCUUUCUACUGAAGUGUUAAUGUAUAAUAAGAAUGGAAAAAUAUUUAUUUUUUUCUCUUGUAAAUUGACAAUGAAAACAAUAGUGUGUACUAUAUUCUUUAUAUACAGUCAUUGCUACAUAGAACUGAUUGUACAAAGAGUAAAGCCAUUGCAAAUAAGUGCUUGAGCCUGCACCGCUGAGCAGUUUGAAACAAAUGGCUUGUUUCAACUUGCCUUGUGCAUUUUAGUAUUUAAAGUUUGUUUGUCCUGCACAAACAGCACAGUAAUAAUUAAAUAUCUGGAAGCUGUCUUUUAUUUAAAAAAAAA